AUGGUGGACUUGCGACGCGCCUACCGCACUAACCCCGCCGCCGCCGCCUCCUCCUCCUCCUCCUCCUCCUGGGUCCGGUGCAUGACAGCGCCCAGAAGACUGGAGCCGGGAGAGGACGCAGGUUGUUAAUACGACGAAAAGCCGUGUCAGUGUGCACCAUCGCACUCCCCGGUCCACAACGCACAGUGACCAGGGGUUUCUACACCAAGACAAGCGGGGGCGGCCAGGAUCCCACUUGGCGCCCUGUGAGCCCGCACCUGGGCUCGUCACCACAUCCUGAAUAUUGGCAUUUGUCAUGGGAGCGCAUUUAUUAUAACGCCUGCCGGACCCCGAUAUAGCCCCCUAGUUGGUCUGGCGUACUUACUGCGUGGCCCAUUUGAGGGGGAAAUUUGCCUCUACCCUCCUUAAAGCAUAAUUACUGAAAUCACUUUCCAAAUUGUUCCGACUGCUGUAAGUAUCUUGGACGAAAAUAUAUAUAACAUCAUAGCCAAACGCAAACGCUUUCUCAUCCGGCUCUUGACGCGUUUCGAUAGCCACAGAAAAAUAGUAUACUCUAAAGAUCUGCCGAAGAUAUAGGAUGCCCUCCAACUUAAAUCACUUACUAAUUCCCCAAAGACUUAGCUAUUUCCAAAGAGACCAUGAUUCACCGCACCCAACUAACCAUCUAGUGACAUUCAUUUCUGACUUGGACCUUAUAAAAUGUUAACAGUCUGGGCUCACAAGGAACGGUUUCGUAACCUCCUAAGUCUAUCCACAUACAUAUGUAUUAAUUGGAAGACAAGAAUCCCAAGAAAUGUAAUUUGAAGAUAGUAGGCUCUUUGGGAAAAAGACAAAUUUAUUAGUGGAUUUUCGAUGCUGGUUCCCCGUCUCGUCGUGAUAUUUGCGAAAAUGUGUAAAAAGAGUCAGCAUUUCAAACAUGGUCAAGAAACAACACUUCGCAGUCAUCUCUGCCAGCAAGUGUCCGCCGCAUACGUUAUUGUGUAUUGAUUGGUUCCAAUCUCUUACACUUCUACAUAAGGUUUGGCACAUGGCACCUAGCUCAGUAUGUCGAUUAAUGCAAGAUUCAUCCGAGCACACGGAUUCAAGAAAUUAUCGGUAGUUUUUGGUAAGGCAGUUGCCGACGAUGCGAGUCUCGUCCCUUAUAAAUUAUGUCCAGUAUCUACUACGUGCAUGGCUACCUGAGAUACGCGGUCGUACCUCUUAACAGCUACCUGAUGUUCGUGGAUGCGUGUGAAGACAGACUUUCAAGUUCAGCCAAAACAUACGGAAGCUCAUGCUUCACAUGCGAUCUUGUAGACGACUUCCUUCCUUUUCAGAUAGUCAACCCUAUACAUAGGGCGUACCAGCUGACUGUAUAAUGUAGUUGCCGGUAUGUACGCCACUUGCAUCUGUUGUUUUUUCAGGUGUCUUUCAACGAGUUCAGACACAUUUUUAAUUUAGGGGAGGGUUGGCCAAGUAUUUGCAUUGGGCGCCUGCUUGAAACUAACUGGUUCCUUUUCUCUGGAUUCUUGUUUUCUCAUACAUCGACAUGCAAAAUCUCUAAGGCAACCAUCUCAGGAAAGUAAUUCAAAAGGAUAAUUUAGUUCUAUUUGGUAGUUUUCUUCGUCGGAACAGUGUGUUUUUGAUCGUUAAAGAAAGCUGCUGAGAGUGUGUGAUUAUUUGCCUUGCUAAAAACACAAAUAAAGGCCCAGACACGUGUGUUUCGCCGAUCUUGUGCCGCUACCUGGCUCAUCAGUGGGUCCCUUAGCUUUCUGCGUGUUUUUUCUGGUAUAUAAACUCUAGUUUCACCUUACCUUGUUUAAUUUCCGAGGAAAUUAAUGUUCGAGCCUAGACUAGAUCCUUCGGAACAGACCUUUCCCGAAAACACAUGGAAAAGCUGGAAAAUUCACUGAUGAACCGAACGUCUCGCAGCUGCGUCUGGCAGCGGCACAAGAUCGGCAAAACACGCUAGUGUGAACUUUUACCUGUGUUGUCACACGGUAAAUAAUUACACAAUUUUGCACUUCUGGCUGCCUGUUGGCGGUUUGUGAAUAUUACACGGUUAUUACGCAGUAGCUGAUGGCUUUAAGCUCAAAUGUUCAUACCAAAUUUCGAACCGUUCCUGAAAAGGUCUGUUCCGGAGGAUUAACUCCAAGUUCGCGCAUUAAUAUCUUGCCUUUCCCAAAGAACCUACUAUCUUAAAUAUAUAUAUAUAUAUAUAUUGCAAAAUUUUUGUCCGGCAAGUAGAGAUGAUUUUUAUAUGCAGACGUUUGGAAAAAUAAAUACAAUAAUGGAAGGCUGCAGGGUACGCUAACAAUUGUUUUUCAGAAGGUCACGCAACUAGACAUCCCACCUGCCAAGAGAAUAAAGAGCGCUAAACCGCAGUUCACGUUGCUUGCACCGGUAACCACUGGUAAUGACCUUAAGAACAUAAUUGUUGAAGCAGUGUCAUGAACUCGAGGGAAUUAGUCCACUGAAUAUCCACUUCCAGUGGCUUGCAAGACAUCCGUGUUUCAUCCUUAACAUUCAGGUAAUUUAAAGUGUCCGUUUUGUGAGUGGAAACAAAACAGCGAUUUACACUACGAACCUUUUAACCAUAAGACGAUCGUUUAAGUAACCGUCCACGUAAGGCCAGAAUUGGGGCUGAAUUUCAUUUGAUGAGUAGGUAAUACAAAGGUGUUUUGGCAAAUUUCAAACAAUUCACUUUGACCCAAAUGUGUAAAACUAGGCGUCAAAACACAUCUGAAGUACGUGAGCCUGGUAGUCAUCUGGUGGAUUCUAGGUGUAUUACUUAGGAAAUCCUGCUCGGGCAGUCAGUCUGCUGUAUCAGAUUUGAUGGUACCAGACGUUGCAAUAAGUUGGGCUUUUGGCUAGUUCCUGUGCUGUUAAUAUGGUAUCACCUUACCCUUGAAUUUUGAAGGUUGUUACAUGCACGUAGUUACGCCUUCAUAAACCCGACAGAACUGCCCAAAUGUGUCAAAUGAUGACGUUAACGUCGAAGGAAGUAUACAACUGAGAUGCAUCAUCAGUGCUCAAGUACCGAUUCCCCGGUGGUAUUUCAUGCCUAAAUAAAGGAGCUGUAGGCUUUAACCAAAGCAGCACGCCCCAGCAUAUAAUGAACCACCAUUUAUACUUGCUUAUAUAGGGCGUAAAUAUCCAUUUUUUGGGCAAGCUGAGACCAUUUAGAUCGCUAUAAAAAUAAAGGAUUCCGCCUUAAGAUAAAGAUUUUGGAUGAGGAACUUCCGUUUUGUGUGAAAAAGAUUUGGUUGCAUUCAAAUUCCGCCAGAAAGGUAACCAAGAUCCCGGCAGGAACUUUCCGAGCAUGGACCCACAAAAUUAUAAACUUUGGGUUUUCCGGCCAUGAAAUUCCCCAGCCCAUGACACCUAAUUGGUCUUCGGGUUAACUGCAAAUAAGAGCCCACUUGCUAUACAGAACUUUCAAUCACUCCCCGUUCGAACCAUCCCUCAUAGCACCUUUUGAGGACCUGAGAAUGCUGGACGAAAGCGACCGUAAGAAGCUCAAGAAAAUUAAAAAAACUGUAAAAAUCAACGGCUGGCUCAUCUUCAUUCUGUUCUCCGUGCAAACUGGUUUCAUUGUUGGCGGUGUCGUCUCUCUCAUCAGCGGUCUCAGUGCAAUUCCCCGAGAGUGAGUUAGAUUUUUUUAUUGAAAAAAAUCACUUCCUUGUCCAGACAGAGUAAGAUUAAAUCUAAGCUGCCAGAAUGACAAGUAAAGUAGUUAUGCUAUUUCAUGAAAAGUGUUUUCGGUUACAAAAGAUCACUUAACUAUGGUUCUGAUAUUAAUUGUCUUUUCGCAUAUUGUCAAGAUAUUUCAGUCAUUUUAUGAUGCCAGUUAUCGAAUGAGCUUCUUUUCGACCGCUCACAUAAGCUAUAUUCUGCAAAAUUAACUAAUUAAGAAAACUGGAGUUUUUCAUUUAUUUUUGGUGACCUUAUGAAUUUAAAUAUAUUUUAUAGAAAAAAUGCACGUACAUAUUCGCUCUUUACUCAUUGGGUAAUAUUUCUUGUCUUUUCCGAACUGCAUUACUAUUAACGAGUAUAUUUGGGCUUUAAAAAGUUUUUUUUUAAUUCCUGAAAAUUUUUAACUCGACUUGCCAUUACAAUUGUAUUAAAAGUUUAAGAAUUACAAGCCGCAUACUUUUCGCGCGGCGAAAAUCAUACAUUUCUAUAUGUCAUCAUGAAGAGGAAAUAUAGUGCUCACACAAUUUAUAGUAGAUACAAACUCUGUUGUCUGCUUCAUAUGAAGCAUAACUAAAUGUGCUGGCGGAUGCCAUACUGGUUAACAUUUGCGGUCUUAAAAAUCUUACAAUUAGACUUUUUAAAAAUCAAAAGAUGUCCCUCCUUCAAAUAUAAAAUUUAAAGAAGACGUAAUUGUCCACCAAAGGAAUAAAAGAAAGCAUUUUUACGCAUGUCACCUAUAUAUAAGUUUAAAUGUGCAUCGAAAAUCAAUGAGAAUAUUCCAUAUUAUUGAAGUAGUAGUUUUUUACAUGAAGCUGUUCACGCAGGCGGUCAAUAAAAAACUCAUCCAAGAAACGAUACCCUGACGUGACUGGCUUAUCUUGGUAUUAUGCCGAACACUAAUUGACGUCACGACUCUAUUUAAGUAAUCUUUUCGAGUCGAAAAGAUUACUCGACUCCUAACCCAAGCCGCAAAAGUCUGGAAGUUGAAACCUCUUUUAAAGUCAAACACAGCCCUGCUGACAGGAGCGACGAACUGUCAGUAAUCAAGAAAUUUUCGGGACUGCCUACUGCUCGUACGGUACGCGUUUCAUCUCCAAACUAGACUGAAUAAUGGCUGGGAUGGACAAAAAAAAAUCCCAGCGAACAUACGGUGCGUGACCAAUCUCAUGAAAUGUUGGCCAAAACUCUGGAAUGCGUUUCCGAUUAGGAAGAAUAACUUAAAUAGGGUUGCUAUACUGAUUAUCAUGCAGCAUAACCCUAUAACAUUUCAGACUUGCCAGGAUGUCGGCCUUUGAAUGCAUUCCUUCUUGACCUCCCGCAGAAACCACACUCGGCAAAAAUGGCUACUUAAUUUGCAUGCAUUGUUCCUAUUGAUUCUCGAUAAUGUUACGUAUUCAAAUAUAUUUUACAGAAAACAUGCACAAAAAUAAGUUUUAUUUUGCUCAUUUGGUAGGAAAUCACAUUGUCUUCAUAUUUUAUGCCCGAAGAAAGUGUGUAUUAUGGUUUAAAAAAAUUUCCCAAUUCCCGAAUAAUUUUCAGCCUGAUCUGCCAUUACAUCAGCGUUUAGCAAUUUCAGUCUACAAGGUGCAUGCUUUUCGCGUAAGGAAAAGCACAUAUUCCUCUAUGCCUUUAAGGAGAUGUCACAUGGAGUUAAUGAAAUUUUGCAAUGGAUCCGGACUGUGUUGUAUAUUUCAUGAGGAGCAUUGGUAAACGGACAUGUGCGGUCUUGCACGCUUGGACGUCGCACAGUCUUAAAAAACUCAUAAUUGGAAACGUUUUUGAAACCUAAAUACACACUUUCUUCGAACAUAAAAUAUGAAGGCAAUGUGAUUUCCUGCCAAAUGAGCAAAAGAAAACAUAUUUUUGUGAAUGUUUUCCGUAAAAUAUAUUUGAAUUUACAAGAUUAUCGAAAAUCAAUAGGAACAAUGCAUGCUAAUUAUGCAGUCAUUUUUUGCCGAGUAUGGUUUUUGCAGAAGGUCAAAAAGGAAUGCAUUCAAAAGCCGACAUCCUGGUGAGUCCGAAAUGUUAUAGGGUUGUGCUGCUUGAUAAUCAGCAUGGCAACUCAAUUAAAGUACUCCUUCCUAAUCGGAAACGCAUUCCAGAAUUUUGGCUAAAAUUUCACGAGAUCGGUCACGCACUGUAACGUACUUAGCGAGCAUACGCGUGCCUGCUACAAACUCUCAUCAGGCCUGUACAUUUAUAUGGGAACGAAGCACAAACUAAAAGAUAAGAGCAAUCGACUAAGGUUCGUCUUGUCCUACAAACGGAGUAUGUGAAUAGAGGGGGGGCAAGGGAGGUGAGAGGAGGCAGCGCGGUUAGGUAGAGCCGUGUCAGAAGGGGAGGAGGGGGCGGGGACGGGGUGUAGAGACAUGCAUAUUAACGUACUCUGUAACUUCAAUGUUGCUACGACAUAAUGCUCUUUUUUCGUUGUAGCUUCCCGCGAACUGUUGGGGGAGCUGUGGCCUUAGGGCUCGGAUUACUUGGAUUGCCAUUUGCUAUAUCAGCGGCUGCCUUGGAAGACAGUAUCCUGAAACAUCUGAGAAGGCUUAGGACGCGCUUCUCAUAGGGUCGAAACAUUGCUUACCAUCUUUGUCCACUGUUAUAAAGAUGCAAAUUUACCAAAAUCAUUAUGGUUUAAACCUCCUCUGAGGUUAGCGCUGGGAGACUUCGUUCUCAUGAUGUUUUAUACUAAAAUGCAGAAGAAAUUUGAUCAAGUUUGUGGACGAAGAGGCAGAAGUAAACAUCUCGGUAAGACAAAAUUAUAGUUAUUUGUGUUCCAUUAAGAUCAAAUGACAAGUAGCACAUACUGUGGAGUUGGCAGAAAUCACUAUUGUAUGAGUGAGAAUAAUAGAAAUUGCCAAUCACGACCUCGGGUAUGCGCGAUAAUUAGACCCUUGAAUUUUUCUUACGCGCAUAAGUCCCUCCAAAACUGCCAUGUACCUGCGUAGGAGGAAUCUUUUGAACAGUCGCUAACCUGCCGUAAUGGCUGCCUGUGCUAGCUGUAAUCUCUCGUUGCAUCGGUCCAACGGUGCGGACGAACCGUUGCAUUCGUAAAUUGGCUGCUGAUUAUGCUUAAGUAGCCAUAUCUAAUUUAAUGUUAAUGACACUUUGGUGGCGAAAGAGGAGGUAGACUGCGCAGAACGUUAUCAGAUGCCGUUUCAUUAGCCACUACUUGGAGUAAAGACUGUCCAAUGCUAGUUCUGACCUUGACUCUACCUGCGACAUUGUUCACACUCUAGCUAUAAUCAUAGUCAUGACUCUAAACUCAAUCCUAACUAUGACCGAGAUCUUGAGUUUAGCCAUGACAAUCAAAGUCUGACACUUAGCCUAAUGUUGCCGUGAAGUCGUAUUUAAGGGGACCGCGCCCGAUUGAAUUUUGUAUACCCCAUCCAUCGCUCUAUGCUUCCACCUCAAUAACCACAAAUAUGGAAUAUAUGCCUGAGUUCGUGAACAAAAUAAACUAUAGCAUUGAGCACAGUGCCAGGGAGGAGUACAAUACGGAGGUCAUUUCUCGAUCUCGGGGGUGGGGUUGCGUUCUAGAGCACUCAGUCAGUUGUAAAAAUCUGCGAAGUAAAAGCCAUAGGGUUUUAUGAAUCUCUUUUUAUAUUUAAUCUUUCAUGAACCCUCCAAAAUUCUUAUAAACGCUUCUCACGCAGUUUUGCAACAUAAACCCCUUAUCUCCUAUUAGAUAUGUCGUCCCGUGUACACAAUCGACCGAGCAAAUCAGCUAAAGAACCAUGUACCCAAAUUAAAGUAACAUACUGACUGCAGAAAUCGUCAAACCAGCAAAAAAUCCGCUUUACAUAUUUAUUCAUGCAUACAGUAAGUGUUUUAUCUCACGAAAUUUUAAUCGAAAUUCUGAAACGCGUUUUCGUUUCGAAAAGAUUAUUCAGGUAGGGUUGUGAAAUUAAUCCAUGCAGCAUAAUUAUAUGAUAAUUCAGUUACCUCGAGAUACCGGCUUCUGAACGAAUUUCUUUCCGGCUGCAAGCAAAAACAACACUCUGUGAGAAACGAAUACUUGAUUAGCAUGAAUUCUUCUCAUUGGUAUUUGAUGUCCUUGAAAAUCAAAUUAUAUUUCGUGGAAAAAAUGCAUGAAAAUAUUCAUUCUUCAACCCUUUCAGAAUAAAAUUACGUCUUUUUUAAAUCAUAUGCUAGAAAAGUGGUACAUUUUGGUUUUCAAAAACUGUUCCGAUUCCCGAAUAAUUUUGAAUUUGAGCUGCCAUUAAAUUUGCAUUCAGGGUUUCCAAGCUACAAACCAUACAUUUUCCACGUACGGAAAACCUAACAUUUCUCUACGGUAUUAAGAAGACAUCAUAUGGAGUUCAUAAAAUUUAGUAGUGUAUAUGGGCCAUACUGUAAACAUUACAAGCCACAUUGGUAAAUCCAGAGCCACGUUUCCUGAACGGGCAUUUCACGGUAUUAAAAAAUCCCAUAAUUAGAAACUUUUUAAACCUAAUUAUACCAUUUCUCGACCACAAACCUGGAAAAAGACGUAAUUUUGUACUGAAUAAGUUGAGGAAUGAAUAAUUUAUUACAUUUUCCCAUGAAAUAUAAUUGAUUUUUUUGGGGCAUCAAGAAUCAAUCAGAACAAUUCAUGCUAAUUAAGUAGUCAUUUUUUUACAGAGUGUGGUUUUUGCUUGCAGCCGGAAAGAAAUUCGUUCAAAAAACGGCGUCCUGAGAUAACUGAAUUAUUUUAUAAUUGCGCUUCAUGAGGAUUGAGUUUACAAUCCUACUUAACGCAUCUCAAAAUUUUAGUUAACAUUUCGUAAAUUAACACACAUACUGUAUGUAUGAAUUGGAAGGCAGGCAUCCCAAAAAAAUUUAAUUUGGAAGCAAACGUAUUCUUCGGGAAAAAAUGAGAAGUUUAUUAGAUAAAUUUUCGGCUUUGGUUCGUCAGGUCGUCGUUAGACUUGAGUAAAUGUGCAAAAAAAAUUAACAUUUUAAACAUGCUGAAAACGCAAUGCUUGUUUGGUGUUUGGGCCAGUAGGUGGCGUCGUGUGCGUCAUUGUUUAUUGAUGAGCUCCCUGAUCUUGCAUAUUUCCUUGAGAUUUUUUGCACGCGGUAUUCAACUCAAUGUGUCGACUGAUGCAUGACUUAACGGAAUGCAUGGCUUCAAGAAACUUUUGGCCUUUGUUGGAGAGGUGCACUCCGAUGAUGCGAGUUUUUUCCCAUGUGAGGGUGUCGCCCGUAUCAAGGAUCUGCGUGGUCGUUUGAGACAGGUGAACUGGCCUCUUAACUGCCGGUUGAUGUUCAUGGUUGAGUAUAGAGACUAAUUUUUCCGUUUGGCUACACUAUACAGCAUCGCAGGCAUCGUAAAAGAACUUAAAGUCAACUUCUUUCUUAUCAGGAUAGUAAGUUCUAUCCUUGGGGUGUAAAAGCCCAGUGUGUAAGGUAGUCGUCGGUUUGUGCGCCAGUUUUAUUUGGUGUCUCCCCAAGUGUCUUUCAACGUGUUAAGGCACUAUCCUGAUAUACGGAAAAAUUCGCCAAGUAUUAACUUUGGGCGCUUGAUUGGAACUAUCUAGUUGCUUUGUUAUUAACUCAUGCCGUCCCAUGCAUUAACGUAAGAAAUCUCUAAGGCAGCAAUUCUCGGAAAAUAAUUGAAACAGGUAAUUUAGCUAGACUUGGCAGCUUUUUUCGUCGAAGCAAUGCGGCAGACUCUUGACAGAAGUCUGCUUGCGAGAGACUGGGCAUUUGCUCCCAUAGUGUUGAAUUACUUCUGCAUAAGUUCGUUUGCGGUAACCGAAAAUGCGUAAUGUUCCGUCAGUCAUUCACUGCAUGAGAACCUCAAGAAAAGGGGAGUUUACUGUCAAAUUCCUUUUUAAGCGGCAACUAAAUUCUCGGAAUGGGUGAGUUGGUGGCGUUGUGGAGCGUUUCCAGUGAUAACGACAACAAAUACGUCGUUUACAAAUCGUACCCAAAACCUAGGGUUAACUAAUGCAAAACCUGCCGAUUCCAGUUGUCACCUCGGCAGGAAAGCCAGAUAUAGGUGGUUUCGUUGCAGCCCCUUUUGGUUGUCAAAAUUUUACUUUACCAACAUCACUUCUGCAGGGUCAGUAUGCUGGUCUUAGACCCACCGUUUUUUAAUUUCCAAUAAAGAAAUGCAGAAUCAAAAUCUUCCUGGAAAGCAACACUACGAAAGAUAUUGCCACUCGCGAUUGGUUCAGGCUGAGGUUGGCAUAGAUUACGCUGAGUUCACGGAGAGGGAACAUAUCAGGGAUGCCACGAAGUACAUUACACGGCACGUGCGUACAACGUUUAGAGUAUGUAAUUUAACACUAGUUGGAGAACACCUAAGUAAUAAUGAUUACUUAAUAAAGCACCUAUGUGGUAAUGUCGGCGUAAAGGAAUGAGAUAUUUCUGAAACAAAUUACGGACGAAUAAAUAGAUAUAUACAGGGUUUACAUUUAGGAUAAAGAGUACUGAAUGAUUAGAUGCCUGCUUAUUGGUGUCAUUAAAACAAUGCGGUGGCAGUAAGAAAUGCAGGUAAACAAACAUCAAAAAAUCCCAAAAUGCUUUACAAAAAAACGUAAAAUGAUUAUGAUUUGUGAGCAGCUUAAAGAGACAAAAGUGUCGCUUAUGGAAGAGAAAUAAAGCAAUGUGACAGGACCACCCCUCCAAAGCGAGUAUAUGAGGAUCCAAAACGUUCUUUGUCAAAAGAAAUUCGUAAGCGGAGCAUGACCACUGGCGCCUCCAAGCGGGGUAGUUGCGGUAGUAAUAUUCUAAGGCUAACUGCUGAAAAUUCGUCAAGGCUGCGAAGAAAAGGGAACUGACUGCGUUCCUCGACGGGUCAUUUGAGGUCGAAACGAGGAAAGCACGUUAAAGUCCGCGAAGAACGUCACCGCAGGGAACAAUACCGGUAAAUCCAGCGACCACUUAACAAUACCGGAGUUCGAACAGGUAAAACAUGAAAUAUCUACCCUUAAGUCGAGGAGCACUCUUUCCAAUGACCAGAAUUUGAAGAAUUGGAUAUGGAACAAACAUUAAUGGUCCUAUACCCUCCAAAUAAAUAAGCUUACAAAUUUAAAUAUUGAAUAUCGAUAAUCAAGAGGAUGACCCAAUUCCAAAUAAAAGAUCAUGCGAAGGAAAGGUACAUUUAAAGGCAAAAAACGCAUGUUUGGACGUUGAGCAGAGGUAGUGGAAGGACUAUGGAUGAAGCACAAGUGAUAUAGAUUUAUCCAAUUGAGUUGGGAUGUCGAUACGGAAAAAAUGGGGGUUGGAAUUAGUGCGAAAUAGAGGGUAAGGGCUCGCUUCCAGUCUUCUAACCUACAAAAAUUAGUGAAUUCUACACUUGUUGAAAAAAGAUUAGCCAUCCGCACUUAUGGAUAAAGUUUUAGGUGGAAAAGGAGAGAUAUUUUUUACCUGACAGUACUUGCAUGUCGACUUCUGUGUUAUUUAUUGGAGUGAAUAAUGCAGUUAACCCCUAAUAUAUAAAGCCUUCCACACCGAUAGUGGGUGACCCUUCUCAAAAAAUAGGUCACACUGAUGACUAUCAGAGUAACUCAUGUGGUCCCAUUCACAAUAACCUUGCAAAUAGGAAGAUCGUCUUGGUUGAAAAAAAUCUUACUUGUUGGAACUGCAAUCUGUUAUGAAGAAGACCUUCCCUUUUUGGGGAAAACAGAAAAUGCUAGGUAAAUUGGGUCUUAAAUCCUAAAAGUUACAAUGGGCAAACCAACAACCUGAAAAUGAACCAUUCUGAACAGUCAAAAAAUGAGAGACUGAUAAAAUAAGAAACCCUGCUUCUUUAGAAUUGUUCAAAAAAAUGACUACCCUAACACUCACAGCCAAUUAGUUUACUUGCACUAAUUAAUCGCUGAAAAAAGGGCAUCACAUUGUCUGCACUAAGCAGGGUGUCAGUGAAACAGUUGAACUGGAAUAUAACUAUAAAAUCGUGCUUUUUCCUGCAUACUUUCUUCUAUUUUUAGAUUUUUAUAUAAUGAAAGAGCAUUACCUUUUAUGAAAACAAAUUGGGGCACUAAUUUUUUGAACCUUUAUCUGGGACUGUACAUGAUUUCUUGAUUAAUUGAUAAAUGAAUAUUUAUCAACCAUCAAACCAAUUGACAUGAAUCUGAUCGCUUUUUUUAGUAGAACGUAAGCGUGCUAAUUGCUUCCAGAAUGAAUUUGAAAUCCCCCAUGUAAGGUGUUUUUCUGAAUUACGUCUAGAAGAACUUCUAAAAUAUUUCAGUUCUCAAGAAUGUAAAUUUGUAAGGAUAAUUUGAUAGAGAAUUGUUCAAAAAACAAAACGGCUACUCAAAAAACCCACAGCCCGUAAGUUUACUUGCACUAACUAAUCGCUGAAAAAACUGCAUCACACUGUCUGCACUAAGCAGAGUGUCAGUGAAACAGUUGAACUGGAAUAUAACUAUAAAAUCUUGCUUUUUUCCUGCAUAACGUAUUUCAUUUUUUGAAUUUUAGCAUGAUGAACAAGUAAAACCGUUUUUUAAAAUAGAUGGGACCAUUUUUUUGAACUUUUAUCUCAGACUGUACACGCUUUCUCAAUUAAUUGAUGAAUGAAUAUUUAUCAACCAUCAAACUAACUAACGUGAAUCUGAUCGCUUCUUUUAGUGGAACAUAAGCGUGCCUAUUGUUUCCACCAUGCCUUUGACAUCCUCCACGUGAGUUGUUCCUCGGAAUUUCGUCCAGAAGAACUUCUAAAAAUAUAUUAGUUCUCAAGCAUGUAUAUUUUUAAAGAUAAUUUGGCAAAGAAUGGCUUUGAUAAGAGUAUGAUAGCAACAUUAGAAAACGUUCCGCGGACAGGGAAUGCAUUAACGUGUGCGGUCCAAGAUGAUUUAUAAGCACCAAGAAAAAACGCUCUUUGUUAAAGCUUUAUUGAACGGUGGCCAGACUUUACAUAUCCUCAAUAAUUUUUAUAUCGGCUGCUAAGGUCUCAUUAAAGAGCGCUAUCCUUAAGUAUAGAAUUUUAAUCCUAUUAAUGAAUUUGUUUGCGGUUUUAGCAAGCGAUAUUCCAUGGGCAGGAGAACGGUUCGCCCGCUGGCCUUCCGUCCGUUCUCACGUCUAAAUAUUUUUCGAAAUUGCCCAACCAUGCAGCGACAGAAUAUCGGCGAAACACGCGUGCAUGGGCAUUUGGCUAGUACCUGUGUUGUUACUUUGGUAUCGCACUACCCCAAAGUAUAGUACUAGCUACCUGUCGGCCGUUAAUUAAUAUUACCCGGUUAUCCGCUGUGGCCAAUAGACUUCGGCCCCAAUAUUCAUAGACAGAAUUCUCGGUCUGAGCCUAUAGACCUUGAAUAAAUUGAUCUUCUCCAAGUUCGUUAAACGUCUGAGGAAAUUAGAAAGCGACAAUUGACACGUUGGAAAUAGUGCUCAGAGGCAAAUACCCAUUCAUUUUCAAGAUAUCCGUUUGUACAAAUAACCUGAUCCAAGACUGCGCAGGUUAAACCUCUUUUGGAGUUCUGUUUAAUUAGUGAACUAGUCAACAUAAACGAAUUUAAAGUCGAAUGCAAAAUGUGGCCGCGUAAAUGUUUUCUCAUUUAAUUUCUAGUUUGUAAUGUGCAUGCUGCAGUCCACGAUUUUAAUCAUUUACUGAAACUUUUAAUUUAUAAUUCCAAACGAAGCCACAAGCGACACGUCUGACACCGUCAGACGUUUAUCCUCAGGAGUAAAUGCAUCGUGUUAAAACUUCGAGCGUCAAAAUUGUGUGCGAUAUAUCGGGGCGCGUAAAUCUAUUGGAAAGGAAAUAGAGGUUGACAUAAAAAUGCAAAUAAAUAACGACUGUAUUGUACCAAUACUAGUAACGUUUUACAUUCUUAAGCCCAAUGUAAUGCCGCUUCUAUGGAUUGGUUCAAGUGGGAAUCCGAAGCGUCAGUCGAAUAAAAUUUUUUGUUGCGGCGAUGGCAUCUCCUUCUCACACGCUUACGGAACUCAACUUUUGACCGCUAUUUUUGUUAUUUUCUGUAGAUUGAAUUAUGAGAAGUCGUUAAUGAGGCCUGGUUUUCAACCCUACUACGCAAAGAUGAAUUUCGAUCGUCUUCGAUGAAUUUACAAGCCGAUAAAAAGUUUUAUACUCGAAGGCAGUGGAUCUCAGUUUUACAGAUUAGGUUCAGAAGUUAUCGAAAUAUUUCCAGGCGAGUAUUGACACUGUGACUUCUCAUGAACAUUCUAGUUGACAAACAGUCUUUCUGUGCGUCACAUGGAAAAGAUCGUUUUUCUUUUUUUAGGAGCCAUUACCGUCAUCCGUACGUCCGAUCUUACUGCCUUCAAAGUAAGACAGAGUGACUUUGUACUUACUAAAAACGCUCCCCAAGAAGUAACGCAAAUUGUUCUCAUUAUAAGUUGCAUACGGGGUAGAAAACACACUCAAGCACCGUCAUGUUUGCAUCCAACAUUUCAAAAAAUUCAUGGACUUUAAAAUGAAAUUCUUGGGUACUUGCCUAUAACAAGGGACUGUUGGUGCAAGGAAAGUGUUUUUCUCGGCAGCACUAUUGGAUGGACAUUGACAACAAUUUAAAGCAAUAAAGUAUGUGAUUUCAUGGCCUAAAAGACUGCUCUCUAUUUGAAAGGGUGUGAUUAUAUUAUGUAGUCUCGACUGAAUCAGAUUUCAGGUCUAUGAAUACCGUUUGCAGAGAACGCAAGCAAUUUUCACUUACAUUCACAGUCCGAUUGAAGUGCUUAAGGGAAAAUGAAUAAACUUUAUAGACGGUUCGUUCUCCACCAGGCAGAAUAGCGUUGUCAGGAUGACUGUUCACUACACUCAUUAUGACGCAACUGUGAAAACUGUUCGACCUCGGGGAAAUUCGAUCCCACGACAGGAAGGGGGAGGCUCGAAUACAGCCAACACUCUAGCCACCUGGAGCCCCACAGAGAGUCGUGAGUUUAGUCCAAUUGAGGUCAAGUUACCCAUCCAACCUACUGCAACGUCUGAAAUUCACCUAAUAUGAUAAAAUAAAGCGAGUGCCCAAGCAGGAUUUCCGAAGUAAUCCUUCUAGAAUUCACCAAAUGACUAGUAGACUCACGUGUUCAGACGGAUGUCGAAGUAACUGUAAAUGGAAUGUUGUAGCCGACUGGAGGUCUAGCUGGGUUCGAAGGUCGGGUUGGCGAUUUCUUCGCCGACCCCACUAUUUACUGAGAUGGCAUUCCAUAAGUAUGCGAAUUCGUCUUUAGAUGCGUGGCAAGUUCCAUUGCCAUUUGUUCGGAGUUCGGUGUAUUCUACAGAUGGUACCGGCUAAUGCAUGACCACUGUAUCCUCCGUGUUGAUCGGACAAAGACAAAAUGCCAGUUUUCCACCACAGCCUCCUUGCUUAUGCUACCUAGCAUGCAGUCAUCCCCGAAUAAGGGGUAGUGGGACGAUACGAUGCUAUUUGAGUGAACGUUGCGCAGUAUUUAAAAGGGCAAGUAGUCGAUCAGGGGCCGCCUUAAAAGGAUACUAUUCGAAGGAGGGUCCGUGUCCGGCAGAGCGAUAUGAGCCCACGCAGACGAAGUACAGUACCGCCCUUGAUUUAGGCUGAACAUUGCAAGCCCAGAUGUGGCAUUUUAGACCUUUCUAUUCCAUAUUGCGGACUUGAGGGAAUAAAUCGUGUCGUAAUGUAUUCCGUUUGGUACUCGGACAUAACGGCAAUAUGGGCGGUGGGAAUAUGCAUAGCAAGAGGCCUUGUGCAACCCCUAAACUGUGGAGAAAUGUUUUGCGUUUUACUAAUGAUUUACGUGUAGGGGAUACAGAACAGUAAGUGUACAUCGACAUUUUUAGGUCAGAUGUGGUUAGGUAGCCGCAUCUGAAGUAAACAAAUUCCAGCCACUCGGGACCGGUAGUAAUAGGGGCUUUUACAGGUGGGGCCAGGGAAGGCACAGGCGAGAAGGACAAGUAAUUGCCAGCAUUUUACUAACGAAUUACGUGUGGGAGGUACAGAAAAGUAAGUCUACAUAGACAUUGUUGCAGCAGCGUGUCCUCAGGGGGGUUAAGCUCAAAGAAUGUCAUCUAGUCAGGGGUGUAACUGGAUUCUGAACAAAAACACCACUGAACAGCGCCUACGUAAAUAAAUAUGGUAACAGAAUGGGAUCGAGUGAAAUCCUAACCACAACAGUGAGAGUCACACGCCUACUUGACGUGCUUACAUUGAGUGACCGAUCUCAUAAAAUGUUGGUUGAAAUUCUGAAAUUCGUUUUUGACUAGGAAGGAUUACUAAAGCGCGGUUGCAAAACUGAUUUUCUUGCGGCAUAAUUCUAUAACAGUUCGGUUUUGACAGGACGUCAGCUUUUGAAUGCACUGCUUUUAAAUCUCCCGUAGAAACCGUAUUCUGUAAGAAAUGGCUACUUAAGAGGCAUGCAUUUUUCACAUUGAUUUUCGAUUGCCAUGCAAAUUCUAAUAUAGUUUAUAGAAUCCACGAACAACAAUAUGCUUUCUUUCGGUCGUUUGAUAGAGAAUCACGUCGUCCUUAUAUUUUAUGCUCGAAAAAGGUUUAUAAUUAUGUUUUGAACAAGUUUCUAAUUAUGAGAUUUUUCAAGACCGUGCAAUGUCCAUUCGUACAGCACCGUACCUGUCUAUUUAUCACUGCUCCUCAUGAAACGUACAACAUAGUACGCAUCCAUUGCAAAAUUUUAUAGACCCAUAUAGUAUAUUUUUAAAGGCAUAGAAGAAUAUGUGAUUUUCUUUACACGGAAUAAAUGCGCCUUGUAGACUGAAAUCACUAAGCGCUAAUGCAACGGCUGAUCGUGCUCCAAAUUAUAAGGGAAUAAAAAAACUUCUUAAAAACCCUAAUUAUACGCCCUUUUUGAGUAUAAAUUAUAAAGACGAUGUGGUUUUCCAUCAAAAGACUGAGAAAAAGUAUAUCUUUGCGUGCGGUUUCUAUAAAAUAUAUUUUAAUUUUCAAGACUAUCGGAAAUCAUUGUUAAAAAUGCAUGCUACUUGAGUAGUCAUUUUUUACCGAGUACUGCUUCGACAGAAGAUUAAAAUGUAAAGCAUUCAAAAACUGGCACCUUGCCAAGUCAGAAAUAUACUAGGACUAUGUCCCAUGAUAAUGAAUGCUUCAACCCCACCUAAGUAAGCCUUCCUAAUCGAAAACACAUUUCAGAAUUUCAGGCAACAUUUCAUGAGAUCGGUCACUCACUGUUUAUGCCUAACUCAAUAUGGCCUAUGACGUGCUGAUGAUCCGUAACGACCGUGAAACGGCUGUCAGCGUCUGGCCUGUUGCAUUCCAAGCGAGCUGUAUAAGUAAGAUAUCUUACUUUCUCGUAUGCAAUUAUAUGAAGAGGUAAUUUGCUACCAAAAAAUCAAGCAAUAAAUUUUUUUAUAUAUUCUUUCUAUGAAGUAUAUUUAAACGAAAAAAAUUGAUGGAAAAAUUGGUGGACAUAUUGCUUAAGUAUCCAUUUUUACGGAAAGUGAAUCAUGUUUGCGGCCGAAAAAAGCCUAUUUAAAAGCCAACACUAGGACAUGACUGAAAUAUCCUGGAAGUAUGCUGAACUCUACACAUGGACACAUUGAGCAAGAUGUGUUAUGGCGAUCUACCACACAGUCUGGGUAAAAUGCAUCUGCUCCAACUCAAGAGGUCGAAACCCCUAAUAAGUUUUCGGAACCAAUCAAGCAUUAAUCUGGCGAAAACCUUGACUGAGGGACACUCAAAUGCAGAAUAAAAUAGAUGGAAUUCAACGCAGAAAUGGAAUGGAAACUGUUGAAAUGACAGUAUACACAAAUGUCCAAAACAGCAUCAUUGAGUUGUCUGUCCGUAAAAUAGGACCGAAAUAUAUGCAACUAAUUGUGAAUGUUCUUGCAGGAAAACUGACGCACCUAGGCUUCUUCAUCAAAUCUUGGGAGUAUUAGACAGGAUAGUUUGUGUGUACAACGAUUUCCACAUCCUAUGUUUCCCACUUAAUCAAUGACGAAAUUUUCUACCCUAUAUGAUAGGCAUCUAACUGAGUAAGGUCUCAUCUGCCUAGAAUCAAUAAAGUGUUCUCAGGCGGAACACCUUAUAUUCGAAUUUUAAAAAGCAAAUGUCAUGCAUAACAUGCGUAUUCGACAAGAUAGGUGGAAGCACUGAAAGUCAAAUGGCAUGUAACCGAGAAGACGGAGUUGGAGGAAAACCGUGUAAAAAGUGGCAUGAACGGUGAUCUAGUUGGCAUAUUUGCAGAGCCAGUUGAAACAACAGACUCAGACAGAAAGGUUAACUGAGGACCUAGAUACAAACGAGCACACGUAGGCUGCGAACGCAGAGAGUUCAGAACACAGAAUCGACAAGAAAGAUGGCAGUUGCGACUGCUGUGUCAGACACUGUCAGCGUUGAUAAGGAUUAGCGAUACCACUGCAGUAGGCAAGGGUAUCGCUGGUGAGAUCGACAACCAUCAGAUUUUGAGAGCUGAUCCCAGCGGAUCGACACAAUAUGAAGUUUGAGGACAGGCUACUCGGUGCAUACUGCCCCCGUGUUUUCGAAUGCAACCAAGAGUCGUAGAAGGCAAUGACUUCAUCGCAUCAAUAGUCCAGCAUACAGCGGUCUCCCAAAUGCCCCUUUCUGUAUGCUGUUUUUUAGUCAGGCCUGUCCAGGUUUUCCUUCUGGACGCCAAAUACACGGGCAUGGGGCAUUCAUUAAUGAAUAUGUACAUGGGCAAAUCAUAUGUCAACACAUCGAUUAGAUGUCGCGUAAAAGGCACCAAGGCGGGUUGAGGAAAACCGCGUCUACACAAAUUCAAAACGUAACUUUCUUCCAUCUCUCCCCAGCUGUUUUUCCUACUUCAGAAUUAAUUGAUGUAAAGAUCGCUUUUUGUUGCAGUCUACGUGUAUUUACAUAGUGGGGAGUCAAGUGAAUUUUAUGAACCAGCAAAUUUUGAUCGGAAGAAAGACGGUGUUAGUGAGAUUCGCCUCAGUGGAACCAAGACAGUUGGGGCAGUGAGGUGUGAUUAUAGACGAGGAUGAUUAAAUAUCGAGUACCUCUUUGCAGGUCGAGGGACAAACGACUCAGAUGCCGAAUUAUUUUGUCGAAUGAACACGGCGAUGGUGGCCUUCUGGAUUUCUGAAAAGAACGUUUUGGUUUCCCCUGAUGAGAAUAUUGAUGGUUUACAAUAUAAAACCUAUUGCCAUGUCUUUUUUGUUGUGUAACCGUUACUCCUAGCGACUAUAACAGACUCAGAAAAGGCGGAGGAAGGGAAUUCAGGAACUUUACAGUGAAUGCGCCUUAAUUUGACGGAUUUAGCCUCCAAAAUUACAUGCAUUCAAAACGGUGGAUUCGUGUCAGGCAAUUUAGAAGGCGCGUGAAUUCCUGACCGCAUGAACAUUUGUUUCCGACUUGUGGCGUCAAAUUUCGACAGGAUCAACAGCGACCUUGUGAUCUUAAGUGGAACUUAGCGCAUAUUUGCGAAACAUUGCCAUCUGAUCCCCACGUCCCCUCCUCUGUUUCAAUUGAUCACUUUGCAGUCGCCAACUUUUAAUAUACAGUCUCGUAUGGCCUUCAUGGGGUAUUUUUGUAGCAGAACUAUAUUAAAUAAAUAAGCCUGACGUAAUGAGGCUUUUAAGUCUUUGGGCCUGAAACAGCUACUCGUUUAUGCCACAGAUUAUGCAUCUCAUACCAAAGGUUAAGAGGCCCAGUAAGUAAAUUACGUGGUCUAUUGCUUUAGCCUUUCAGAAGCAAAGACAGGAUCAUCCAAACUGAUUGAAAUGGCAUACAGAGCAGGUAGUAUUGGGACGUGAGUAUUUAGAGAUGGCCUCCUGAAAUCGCAGCCACUGGCCCCAAAGCCAUCCGCGUCAACUUGACUAACAUAGACAGCAUAGUUUCAUGACCCUAGAUGAUAGACUACGACUAGACAUUUUUCAAAGAUGAGGACAAAUGCGUGUGGGGGCUGAAAACGGGAUUAUUACUAGGCCCAAAGCUUAUACCCCGAUAACAAUGCUGUGAGACAUGCAUUGCUGGAGUUCUGUGGUCUGUUUGCUCAUUCAUCUUACCCUUUCGACCCUAUAUCUCUAAUUGUGGAAGGCCGUAUAGAAGAAGGCAGUCGUUGUUGCAGCUUUACUAGGGAUUGCUUCUUGUAAGCUAAUGCUGCCCAUAUUUUGUAUAUGAGGCUUUUCGGCAGACUGGUCUGGAGAAGUUAACAAGUUGCCAUAGAUGGUUUUACAAAUUGCCAGAGCCCUGUGUCAUACGGAAUUUGUCUGGAUAAAAACCCUAGAAUUCGUGUCUGGAAAAUAAGCAGAGAAAGGUAAAGUUACUUUGGUCUAAAAAGCUUCUUGAUAUGCUUAGGGAUUAAAAAGUGAUUAUGAAAACCGGUAAGCAUAAAACCAAUUCCUUUCCUUGAUUUUUGGUUAAAUGUUGUCAGAAAUGAAAAAUUGAAUCCUGACCAAAUCCUUAUUUAUUAUACGGUUUCUUUUGGCACCAAACUACGUUCAGUCCUAUUUCCCAGGCAUAAACAUGUGUGUUUUAGACCUCAGGUGGUGAGCAUUCCGAGCCGAUAUAAAAAAAGGAAGAGGCUCUUCGGAAAAAUGAAAGUGUACUUGUUAUUUGAAGUCACAUAUGUUCGCAGAGAAAAGCAGAAAACGUUGUUGGCCAAAUUAUUGUUGUUGGUAUCCCAAAUCGUUGUCAGACUCUGAAUAAAUGUGCCAAAACAAUUAAUAUUUCAAACUUGCUUGACAAUCAUUACCUGUUUAGUGUUUGCGCCAGUAGGCGGCCACCAUGUGCAUCAUUAUUUUUCGAUAGCUUCUCGUCUCAUCCAUCUUUUCUUGAGAUUUUCAUACAUGAUAUCUACACAUAAUCCACAUGCGGUGCCUGCGAUGCCUUAUAUCGGAACUAAACGCUGCGUGACGUUAUCAACUCAACACUGCCAGGAAUCGUCCCCCCGAUCGACAGAGAAGUUGAUAGCAAACUCCCAUUUCUUGAUGUCCGCGUACACUGAAAAACUGACGGGACGUUUCACACAUCAGUAUACCGCAAAGAAGCUUAUGAGGAAGAUAUACGACAUUACGAGAGCAUUAUGGAGUGUUGUUAAGGUCCUACUUAAUCAGGCAAAGGCACAUUGCUCAGAGAACUAAUGAUACAAAAUAUAACUCAAUUAUUUGUUCAACCAAUUUUCGUAAAAUGCCUACCUUAGAGGUUUUGUGCACCGAUGCUUGAGACAACAGGGGUCAAGAGAGAGAGAUAAGGUGCGAUCAGGCGCCAAAACCUAAAAAACCGGCAAACGCUUCCUUUCAUUAAAAGUAUGUCUGAACUCGUUGAAAGAUACUUGAGAAAGUGCCAGGUAAAAGUGAUGCACAAACCAAUGACUACGCUACGCAAUUAGCUUAUACACCCUAAGGAUGAGGUUAGAUAUUUAAAUAAAAAAAGUCGUCUCUUAGCUUCCCUGCGGCGCCUGCAAUGCACUAUAUUAUGAUCAGACCAGGAAAUCCGCCUCUACACGCCUACAUGAACACCAAUUGGCGGUACCAAUUAUCCCAUAUCGUCGUGUAUACUUUUGAAACUGGGCACACAUUUGAUUGAGAUAAAACGCGCAUUGUUAGUUCAUGCCCAUAUACGAAAGGCCAAGAAUUUCUAGAAGCCAUUCACUCUGAUGAUUCAUGCAUAAACCGGCACAUCCACCCGGACGCCAUAAACAAAAAUCUCAAAAAAGUGGGAAAGGCGAUAGCCUAUCAAGACGUGACGUCAGCACACAGCAUCGACCCAUUCGCAGCACUGACAAAGCAAUAUCAAUUUUGCGGGCCAGAAUAAAUUUUAACUGUGUUUCACGCUUUCUGCGCGUGUGACGACGACCUGGGGCACUAACGUCGAAAAUUUGCGAAAUAACGUUUGUUCAUUUUUCUAAAGGACCCAUUUUUUGUUCGGAUCUAUGUCUGUAUAUGUGCAUGCAUAUAUGAACGGAAGUGCGUAUGAUUACUUUCCUACAAAGGCCUUGUGGGUGUUAACAAAGGGCCCAAGACGCUUUAUUGUGCUACGCACCAAUAGCAAAUGCCAACCAGCGGACAGUGUGUUGACACACCUAGACGCAGGCUGACUCUGCGCUACCCGAAUGCCUCCGGACCGCUUGACUCUACCUUGACACCAGGUCGGGAUUGGCGAGGAAAGAUUGAGUGCGACAGAUGCAGAACAAGUCUACCAUCACUUUCUCCUAAUUCGUAUUUUUGCUUAUUGCCUCAGCCAUUUGUAUGAAAGGCUAGCGUCUUCCCCCUUACUGCAAAUAUUCUUGAAACGUUUGCAGUCUCCCGUAUGUUUGAUUUCAAGAGUGACAGUCAACUAACUUAAACGUGCUAUGAGCUGAUUGGCUAAUACAUUAUGAAAGCACCAAUGAAAACCCCAAUUGUAGAGACCAUCAAACAGCAGUGAAAAGACGUGAGGCAGAUGAACUAUGAUUUUGGCAAGGUGUUUAACACUGUUUAUCAUAAAAACUACCUUUGCCUGCAGUUCAAACACUCGCACUUUCGCAUCUGAGGGAAAAAGCAAGUUGUUUCUCUUCUCUCUGCACUUUCUCAAUUUUAUAAUUUAUAAUUUUUACUGGUGAACAUGUUAUGCAAUCAGGUUUCAGAGGUUUAGUUCUUUGGAAACUUUACCGAUUUUCCCGAGAACAGAAUAUUCAACCGACCGAAAUCACCCUACGUCGUUCCAUUGCAAAGUGUACUAUACAUUUCAUUUAAAGCCAAGAUCAGAUGUGCAUUAUGCAGGUGUAAAGGGCAGCUAAUACGCAUGCAGGAACUUUGGCGGAAUUGAGUCACACAGACAAGCAUUUUAAAAAGUUAGGAAGAGUCUUUUAAUAACUUAUAAGGGUAAUUGAGAGCAAAGACAAGAAAGACUGUGGUGGCCAUCGUCAGCCAGUCAGAUUCCAAACUACUGAUUGAAUGACUCUGUUCUGGGAUCCGAAUUCUUUUGUCUUUCAGCGUUGAUCCAACGCUCUGUCAGCAAGCCAAGAGUGCAACGCCUGUCAUUUGCGGUCGGAAGAUCCUGACAGCGUCAAAUGGUCAGUCAUAGCUCUAAUCACAGUGCGUGCCCGUUAUGCCACGCAUGGGGACCCAAAACUUAAACCCCGUCUGCAGAUAAAGGCAGUAGGUGGACUAACUCAUAAAAUGUCAAUCGAAAUUCCGAAAUGCGUUUUCGUUUCGAAAAGAUAAAUUAAGUAGGGUUGUACAACUUAUCAGUCUGCAGCAUAAUUCUGUAAUAAUUCAGUUACCUCAGGAUGGCGGCUUUCAAACGAACUUCUUUUUAACUGCAUGGAAAAAUUGGCUCUGUAAAAAUGGCUACUUAUCUUGUACGUAUUUUUCUCAUUUAUCUUCAAAGCCCUUAAACAUGAAAUUAUAUUUCAUAGAAAACAUCCAUAAAAAUGGUUAUUCCUUUUACCAUUCGGUAGAAAAUGACGUCUUCUCCCAAUUUUAUACCCAAAAGAAGGGUAUAAUUCGGUUUAAAAAAAUUUUUAAUUGUGAGAUUUUUAAUGCUUGUAAAGUUUACAAUAUGGCUCACAUUCACUGCUUAGUUUUAUGAACCCCAUAUGAUCCCCUCCUAAUACCGUUGAAAAAUGUAUGGACCUCUGUGCGCUGAAAAUAGAGGACUCGUAUUUUAGAAACCCUGAAGGCAAGUGCAACGGCGGGUUAGGUUUAAAAUUAUUCGGGAAUUGGAAAGGUUUUUGAAAACCGAAUAAUACCUUUCUUUCGAGUAUAAACAUGGAAGAAGACGUCAUUUUCUACCGAAUGAGCAAAGAAAAAACUAUUUUACUGGACGUUUUCUAUGAACUUUAGUUGAAAUUUUAAGGUAUCAAAAAUCCAUGAGAAAAAUGCCUACAACAUAAGUAGCCAUUUUUUACAGAGCAAAUUCUUGCAUGCAGCUAAAAAGAAGUUCGUUCGAAAGCUGGCAUUCUGAGGUAACUGCAUUAUUACAGAAUUAUGCUGCAGACUGAUUAGUUUUACAACCCUGCUUUAUUUGUCUUUUCGAAACAAAAACGCAUUUCGGAAUUUCGAUUGACAUCUCAUGAGUUAGCCCACCUACUGUAGCUCCAGUAGUGGGUUAUGACUGACUGACUGAAUAAGCCAGAAAUGUUCAGCUCAGUCCCUCUUAAUAAUACCGAUGUUUAUUCUACAUUAUUAUUAAUCGAUGUGCAGAAGCUCACGAGGCAAACAGAGAGAACAGUUUCCGUACUGUGUUAAGAUCGGUGCACUACCGUACUGCGUCAACCCGCAUCAUACCAAACGCAGCUAAAUCGGUCAACAAUGCGUUAAGCAGCUUUUUUGGACUAAGAAAUAGCCCAUUGAAGCAAACGCUAGUUCUCCCCGUAGAAUUUGCAGGCCCUGUUUACGAACAUAUUGUGCAUUUCAGAUAUCAAGCCCACAACACCACACUAUGUCGGCCCACCUCGCUGCAAUACAGAGGAACAGGAAGAAGAACCUGUAGCGCGAUUUAUUGUGCAGAGUAUUUCUACCCUGAACCAGGCACUGGGCUCACUAACGAAGCAUGCAAACACAAUUUCAGCCAAUUUAAUGUUUAGCGGCGUUUCCAGUAAAAGAACCUGCAAAAUGGUGUAUUUUAAAAACAAAAAGCACUAUUCCUGUACAGAUGUUCGACUUCCACUCAACUUCGAGGUACACUACGUGAGUCAGUCUAUUUUGGCAUACACCGUGUCUGCAAAAAGCGGAUUUGUUUGCAAACAUCAGGAUAACACCGUGACUUAACAGUGUUCUGUAACCUACAGGCGGCCAACGAAAACAUGA